AUGUUCCGCUCUGCGUCAACUUCGCCUCAGACUCUGGCGCUGCUCGCGCGCUCCGCCGGUGCCGCCGUCGGCUCCGCAGCCGCCAGCAGCUCCGCGUAUGUGACGGCUCGACGCGGGUACCACGGCUUUCAAUUCGCUAGUUUUCAUGGUUGGACGCUGCCGUACGGAGGCAAGUCGACCCGUGUCACGAAGGAGGAGUUGGAGCACCAGCGCUUCUUCACGGAGCGACCGCGCGAGAAGUGGGACUACCACCGCGUCGACGAGAACAUCAACUCCCAGUCCGAGUUCCGCAGUCAGGAAGGACGUGAGCAGUUCUACCAAGGCUCGCGCGAGGACAACUCGACCAUGAGCCACGGCAGCCUGCACACGCCGCACAAGUACCGUUUGUACGAGUACUUUGACGAGUACACAAAGCCUGGGGUGGACAGAAAGGUAGCCGCUGCGUACGCGGUGAAGGAACAAUGGGACGCGGAGGAGUUCUACUACCCCGGCGAGGCGUGGCAACGCAACCGCCCUGGCUUUCGUAGUGUGCCCAAGGAAUUGCUGAACCGACAGACCUGGUACCACUGGUCGCACGCGCUGACCAAGUGGGACGAGAUCCAGCCUACUAUCCGUACUCGCUCCUGGAACCCAGACUGGCCCCCGCCGGGGUAUGAGGUGCCGAAGUUGCAGUGCAAGAAGGAGUUCUACUUUGGCAUGGAAGAGGAGGGUCUCGUUUCGGAGGUGGAGCGGUACAGCUGGUUCCGCUCGUGGAGCGACAACAACAUGCGUGUUGGUUGGCGCGAGAUUCCGUUGUUCAUUAUCCUUUUUGGCACUCUCUACUUUUUUGCCCGCAACGCCAUGUCGGUGACCGCGAUGCGGGCGAUGAGUAGCAACAUGUACUACCCAGGGCGCACCAUGAUCCGUCCAUUCGGCGUGCCAAAGGACUGGGAGACGGAGUGCUUCUGGUGGCAAAGACCGCUCGAGGAGUUCCCGAACCAGGACCAGGUGUGGUACUGGAACCAGGCGCGCUUUGGUUACAUCAACUACAUCAAGCAACGCGACGCUCGCGAGAAGGCCGUGGCCGACGCGGAGGCACCUGCUGCGGAGUAG